AUGUCACCAGGAUCGACGACACUGUUGGAUCUGGAGCGGGGGAUCAAAAAUAAACUGUUCUCGCUAGCAUUGUACGAGCAGGCGGCUGCGCGACUAGGCGACACGGCUGGAGAGGAGUGGAAGUCAUUCCUCAACACCGUAAUCCAUGGGCUCAAGACAAGCCUACAGGCUUUGGAAGCACAGUAUACCAGUAUUACGGCGAGGCAACAUACUCAGCGUCUUCACGAAGAUCCUCGUGUACCAACAAUCUCGAUCGCAGAACUGACGCGAGUCGUCUCUGAAGAGGCAGACGCUCGGGAUGAUCUACUCGCCAACAUGCGGACGUUGGAACAAAUCGGAAAGAAACGAAACGGUUUUGAGAAGGAGCUUCAAGAGAAGCUGCAAUCGAUGAAACGACGUUUGCAGCUCCGAUCUUACGCAAGCCGCGAUGCGGCGAUGGAUAUGCAGGACAUCGAGGACAUUCAAGAAGACAUCCUACACUACAAAAACAGGACUCAAAGUAUCGUUUCCGAUUAUGAGCACCUUGUAACAAGAGUAUGUGAUACGAUGAUGGCGGCGAAUCGUGCAGCGAAGAGUCAUCUCGAAGUGCCAGGUUUUGGCAAAUGGGUCCCCAUUAGACCUGAACCUGCAAGUACCACAGUCGCUACCGCCACCGCACCAACGACUAUCACAGUCACCGCUGCGCAAGUCAGGAUCUCAGAUAUACCUCCCCAGGUGGAAGCUUCCGCCGGAGGUAUCCAGAUGGGUACAGUUCCUGGUGCUGUAACCUCUAGGCCCAAAACCAAGACCGCUAUCGUCAAGUUGGACGAGAGACUGUCGAGUCUCACACUCUCUCCUCGCCUAGAACAAUAUGCAAAUGUCAAGCCCGUUGAUCAGCAACAGUUCAAUCUCGGCGACAUUGGCUGGUUCCCCGUUCUACGUCCGUCCUGGUCCUCAUCUUCUAAAGACAUCCAUACUGAAUUCGGUUACAUUUGCGCCAAGUCCUAUCCACUGAUCAUUGUGGAAAAGCUGGAUGACUGCAUGUUGGGUCUGAUCAUCUCCACGUCGCAUGGAAAUGGUUUGCGUCUGAAAGGCGAUUCUGUCAGGGAUCGAAGCGUUCCCGUCGUCGACCAGUUUCCAGCCUUUGCCGUGGAUGAGGGAUGGGGCAGCGAUCUCUUUCCUAGGCAAACGGUUCGGGUCGCGCACCUCAGUGGCGAAUUCCAUCCACUUGCAGGCAGUUAUAUCGACAUGCUGAAUGCGGUUAUGGUGCCUUACGACUCAAGGUUCCAGAAGAAGGGGUCCGUGAUGAAGGACGACGUGAUUACUCUGCAGCGCAUGAGACUGUCGGCAGUCCUCACAAACUCGCAAGCCGGGGCACUCAUGAAGGAUAACAAUUUUUGGGGUUACAUGACAGGAUGGGAGAAACAUGUGGCGAAUACAGAACAUAUAUGUCGGCGGCGGGAUGACAUCCUUACGGAGAUGGUGUCGCGAGAGCAGACGCAAUAG